AUGGACUUGCCGGCCUUCGUGUGCGCCUUCUUCGCAGCCAAGAACGUGCACUUGCUCACGGCCUUCCUGUGUUGGAGAUCAGUUGAGGUGGUGGGCGUGUGGCGUGAGUGCGCAGCACGCGGAGUACGGAUGCGCGCGGCCGGGAGCUGCUGGCCCUUGCCGCUGCCCGCUGUCGGCGCACGCCGCGAGGGCGUGCUGCUGGAUGUCCACUGCCCUCACGCUAAAGUACUACUCGACAAGUUCUUUAAGGCGUCGGUCGCGCACGCGUUCAAUCACCGAUACUCUUGGCUGUUACUGGACACGGCAGCGGCAGAGGCGAACGGGUCGGUGGAUUACAAAGUUGAGGCACGGUCGCAAGCCAUGUUGCGGUUCGCCGCCGUGCUGCCCGACGCGGAUGUGGUGUGGGCAACACCGGCAGCGGCUAUGGACGUGUACCGCGUGGCGGUGGGCUGGCCUCUAGUGAACACCGCACUGCCUUCGCCAAGUGCCGCGAUGUGGGCGGCGUGGAGUGCGCUGCCCGCAGCUGCCGCGCGCCGUCGAGACCUCGCCGGUGUGCGCCUCAGCGCGGCCACCGUCGUCAGCCGGCCGCAGCAAUUCUCCGGCUGGGCGGACGUGAGCAGCCGCGCAGUCGACACCUUCCCCAAGCUCACAUACCCCCUCAUGAUGCUGCUUGCUGAGGACUUGAACUUUCGGUACGACCUGCGACAGGUGGACGCGUACGGCGAGGAGCUCAACGGCACCUUCGGCGGGCUAGCCGGCCUGUUGCAGCGCGGGAUCGACAUCGGCGUCGCCUCCAUGUUCAUGCGCGCGGACCGAUGGCGCGCUCUGCACUACGCCGCCGAGACCAUCGAACUCAAAGGCGCGUUCAUAUUCCGUCAGCCGGCGCAGUCGGCGGUGGCCAACGUGUUCGCGCUCCCGUUCAGCCGCGGAGUGUGGGCGGCGGCGGGCUGCGCAGCGUGUGCGGCAGGCGCGUUGCUGGCAGCGCUGGCCGCGCUGGCUCGCAUCGCGGGCGCACCCGAGCCCGCACUCGUCCAUAUCACGCUGCCGGACUGCUUCACCUUCGUCAUGGGCGCCAUCUGUCAGCAAGGGUCGGAACUGGCGCCGCGGCUGUGGUCGCUGCGGCUAGUGAUGUUCUGCGCGCUGCUGUCGUCGCUAUUCACGUUCACCUCGUAUGCGGCCAAGGUGGUGGCCAUUCUGCAGGCACCUAGCGACGCACUGCAGACCAUAGACGACCUCACCGACUCGCCCUUGGCGCUGGGCGUGCAGGACACCACCUACAAGAAAGUUUACUUCGCCGAGAGCGAGGAGCCAGCGACACAGCGGCUGUUCCGGCGCAGACUGGCGCCGCUGGGCGAGCGCGCUUACCUCGGCGUGGCGGAGGGCGUGGCGCGGGUGCGCACCGGCCUCUUUGCUUUCCAGGUGGAGCAGGGAUCGGGGUACGACGUCAUCAGCAGGACGUUCACGGAGCGUGAGAAAUGUGGCCUCAAGGAGAUACAGGCCUUCAAGCUGCCAAUGGUGGCCGUGCCCAUCCGCCGGCACUCCGGCUACCGGGACCUGGUGGCCUCCAGGCUGCGGUGGCAGCGCGAGGUGGGGCUGAUGUCGCGCGCACGGCGGCUGUGGGUGGCAGAGCCGCCGCGCUGCGGGUGGGGCGGCACGGACGCGGCCGGCGUGGGGCUGCGCGACGUGAUGGGGGCGCUGCACGCUCUGCUGGCGGGCGCCGCUGUCGCCUGCGCGCUGCUGCUGGCCGAGCGGCUCGCACACGCGGUGCGCCUCUCACAACUGCGCAGGAAGCGAACAGCGCCAACAUUCGAACCUUAG